AGCGCUUCGCGGGCGGAGCAAUUCGGGCGCCUGGCGGCCACCGUCCCCAGGACGAGCGGUGCGGGCCGCGGAGGAGGCGCUGCUGCCGGGGCCGGAGCUGGAGCCGAAUCCAGAAAAUGAAGCUAAAGGAAAUUGAGCGAACAGCUGUUCAAGUGUGGAGUCCAGCAAGCAACCAUCCCAUCUAUCUGGCAACAGGAACAUCUGCCCAGCAGCUGGAUGCUUCUUUUAGUACAAAUGCCACUCUGGAGAUCUUUGAGGUUGAUUUCAGGGAUCCUUCCCUUGACAUGAAAUGCAGAGGAGUCCUUACUACUUCUAACAGGUUUCAUAAGCUGAUCUGGGGCAGCUUUGGAAAUGGGACCUCCAGUUCCUCCGGUGUGAUUAUAGGUGGAGGAGACAAUGGAGUAUUAACAAUGUACAGUGCUUCACAGAUCCUGACUUCAGGGAAAGAGCCUGUGAUUGGACAAACAGAGAAGCAUACGGGGCCUGUUCGAGCUCUUGACUUCAACCCUUUCCAGAGUAACCUCCUGGCCUCUGGAGCCAAUGAUUCUGAAAUUUACAUCUGGGACUUGAAUAACUUCAAUGUGCCUAUGACUCCAGGGACUAAGUCACAGCCUCAAGAAGACAUUAGUGUGGUGGCUUGGAAUCGGCAAGUACAGCACAUCCUGUCCUCUGCUUAUCCCAGUGGAAAGGCUGUCGUGUGGGACCUCAGAAAGAAUGAGCCCAUCAUCAAAAUCAGUGACCACAGCAACAGAAUGCACUGCUCAGGAAUGGCAUGGCACCCAGAAGUUUCUACCCAGCUGGUCCUUUCAUCUGAGGAUGACCGUAUGCCAGUGAUCCAGAUAUGGGACCUGCGAUUUGCUACCUCUCCUUUGAACCAGCUGGAGGGUCACAUGAGAGGAGUCCUAUCUAUCUCUUGGUGCCAGGCAGACCCCGAACUGCUGCUGAGCAGUGCCAAAGACAACCGGAUCUUGUGCUGGAAUCCUUGCAUUGCUGAGGUGGUUUAUGAACUGCCCAUUCGAAACCAGUGGUGUUUUGAUGUCCAGUGGUGCCCUCGGAAUCCAUCAGUCUUUUCAGCUGCCACUUUUGAUGGAUGGAUCAACAUUUAUUCUGUUAUGGGUGGGAGCCUAGAAGCUCAACAGAAGACUCAGGCUGACAAGAUCUCCUCUUCCUUUAACAACCUGGACCCCUUCGGCACAGGACAGACCCUUCCUCCUCUGCAGGUGCCAGAGCAGGUGGCUCAUACUACCUUGAUCCCUCCAUUGAAGAAACCCCCCAAGUGGAUUCGCAGGCCUGUUGGGGCCUCGUUUGCAUUUGGGGGGAAAUUGAUCACCUUUGGCCUUGCCAAGACCUCUGCACAACAAAUGCCACAGAUCUCCCCAUGGCAGGUGUUCAUCAGCCAAGUCACUACAGAAACUGAGUUCUUGGCUCGAUCCAGAGAACUACAGGGGGCUCUACAGAAGGGAAAUCUCCUUGACUAUUGCCAGCACAAGAUCCAGAUGGCUAAGAUGCAGUUUGAGGAGAACAUCUGGAAGUUUUUGAAGGUGAAUCUGGAGCAGGAGUCCAGGAUCAAACUCCUGAAGCUGCUGGGCUAUAAUAAAGAGGAACUUCAGAAGAAGAUAGCCUCAUGUUUGGGUAAUGGUAUCCCAGACACAUGUCAGCUGCCCGAGGCAGACAACUCUUCUCAAGCCAUGGAGCCUGCUCAGUGCUCAAGAAGCUCCCCUGAUGACACAGCUGCUGCUUCGUCCUCUUCAGGAUUCUUUGACAACAUCAUCCCACAGGACACAAGUGCCUUGGAGAUCUCUGUCACAACAGAUACAGAUGGAUUGAUCAGCCAGGCACUCCUGGUGGGGAAUUUUGACGGUGCUGUGGAGCUGUGCAUGAGAGCUGAACGCUUUGCUGAUGCAAUUAUCCUGGCUAUUGCUGGAGGGGAGAAACUGCUCAGGGAGACCCAGAAGCACUAUUUUGCCAAACGGAAAUCCAAGGUUUCUCUGCUUCUUGCCUCCAUUGUGCAGCAGAAUUGGCAUGAUGUAGUUUGCACAUGUGACCUGAAGAGCUGGAAGGAGGCACUGGCCAUCUUGCUAACAUACUCCAAGUGUGAGGACUACACCCAGCUCUGUGACAUGUUGGGUGCCCGUCUGGAGUCAGAAGGCAAUGGGACACUGUCCAAUGAAGCCUGCCUCUGCUACAUCUCAUCAGGCAAUGUGGAGAGGUUGGUGGACUGCUGGGUAAAAUACCAUGAGACUUCGUCACCCCUUGCUCUGCAGGACCUGGUUGAGAAGGUGAUGGUGCUCAGCAGGUCCAUUGAGACUCUCCGUGGAAUUGCAGGGCCUGCACCAGGACCUGUCGUAGCGGAGCAGCUAACCCAAUAUGCCAACCUCUUGGCAUCACAGGGUUGCUUGGCAGCUGCAACGAGCUAUCUUCCUAACAGCUCUGAGCUCCUGAUCCAGCAGCUCCGAGACAGACUCUUCCAUGCCCAGGGGGAGAGUGUGGGUGACCAGCAGCCUCCUCCUUUCCCCUAUACGCGUGUCCACAUAGGGGCAGUUCCAUCUCCAGCAGCCAAGAGCAGCUCUGUUCCUCAAGGCCCAGUUCACAAACCAGGUCCCAGACAUCCAGAAAAGCUUAUCUACCAGCCAUCAUUCACCCCUCCAGCAUCAGCUUCAUCAAUGCCUCCGCUCUUCACACCUCAGCCAGUCCCAGCAAUGCCUGUGACUACUCUCCCAGCUGGGCUGCCUCCUGCCAGCAACAGUCCCUCCACCAAUGUUUACUCCAGGCCAGGAGUCCGACCUACAUACCCGCCAUACACCUCAGGCUUGGCCCCAGCAACAGUUUCAGGACCUGCACUGUCUCAACCUCAGCCGUUUAGCUUGCCAGGGCCCAGGCUUGCUGGACCACCUGCUCUUCCCAGUCAGCCUCCUAUUUCAAGACAGUCUGUGCCCAUGGCAUCCCCUGGUCUCCCACCCAUUGGAUCUGCCAUCUUCACCCCAGCCUCAGUUCCUUCUCAGCAUCCUGUGCAGCUUCCUGCAAGUUGUCCUCUGCCCACACCAGGCCACCCUCCUGCAGCUUUCUCUCCAACCCCUUUCAACUGUCCUACAGGGAUGGGUUAUCCUCAAGGAGGCCCAGGGGCUCCAUCCACCAAGCCUCUUGCAGCUGCAAGCAUCCCUCCACCUCCCACAGCUCAGGAAUCUUGGAAUGAUCCUUCUUCACUAAGAGGAGGCCUUCAGAAGAAAAAGUUGCCAGAGAAGUUCACUCCACCAGCUCCCAUCACAGCUCCGGUAAUGAACCUCCCUGCCGAGCCACGAGUGCUCCUGCCCCAGAACCCCAGAUCCCAGGAGUCAGGCCAGGCACCCCCAGGAGCACCCAAAGAAGGCAGCAUGCAGUUUCACCAGAUGCCUGUGGAAAGGAUCGAGAGAAAAGAGGUGCCCCCAGAACACCAAGGGCUGAAAACCACCUUUGAAGGACUGGUACAGCGCUGCUCUGCAGUUGCCACAGACCCGAAAACCAAAAGGAAGCUGGAAGAUGCAGUGCAGCGGUUGGAGUGCUUGUAUGAGAAACUCCGGGAGCAGGCGCUGUCCCCACACAUCCUGAUGGGGCUUCAUGAUAUCGCUUGCUGUGUGGAGGCACGAAACUACCAGCAGGGCCUUGCAAUCCACACCCAGGUGGUGAGCAGCAGCAGCUUCAGUGAGGUGUCCGGCUUUAUGCCCAUCCUGAAGGUUCUCAUGACCAUCGCCAGCAAGCUGAAUGUGUAAAACCCAGCCCAGGGGCUAUGAUGGGCUGUCAUCAUGGAGGCCACACUAGGUGGAAUCUCCCACCUGUCCUGCUGAUCUGUGUACAGGGUUGUGGACUCACCCUCAAGCUGCAGUUCGUGAGGAGCUUGUCUGUGACAGUACCAGGGCCAUGAUAGGCCUGUAUAGCUGGUCUCUUUCUCUCUCUCUCUCCUUCCCCCGCGCCCCAACAUCUGCUUAUCUUGGUGCUCUUCCUGGUCUGUGUCUUGAUUUCAAGUCACCAAGGUUACACUGAGAACCUCUUCGAGCAGCUCUGAGCCUCCUGCUUCUCUCCUCACCCCUAGUACAGAGAUGAGACUCUUCAUAAGGCAGAAUCUAUUGCUGCAGGUGCUUUUCAAUAAGAGACUGCCAUAUGGGACUGGUAUCUGCAAAGGCUAAGGAUUCUCCCCUCCUCCUGCUCUGAGUAUAGACAUCCCUUUGGUGGUAGGGAAGUGACACGCACAACCACACCCUUGCUUCCUGAGCUGAAGACCCAGGGCCUGUAUUCUGUCUCAUCUCUCAUGCUGCCUGUGCUACCACUCCUCAGAUUCAACACCCCCCCCCCCCCCCCAGUGCUCUCCGGUCCCAAAAGCUUUCUCUUUCCGUGGUCCUUCACCACUAUGAGACGGUUCAACAGGAGAUGAUGCCAGGCCAUUCUGGGUUGGCUCUGCCUUUGCUUUCUCUUCCUGUCUCUCUCCCUGUACAAAACGUGGUUCUUGUUUCCAUGGCUGGGGCAACCCAAGCCCUUAUGCCUCAUGUCCAGGGUUAUUCAUGGCUCUCCCCUCAUCUUGGGAUGACUAUAUCCCUGAGAGUGGGCAGCUACAUGUUUGAUGCACAUACUCCCUUCCAGAGUGUUGUGGCAUGAUGCAUUUGACCCCGAAACUAAACUGUGUUGGCACAUGGCACCACGUGCCAGGUAGCACUACUGGCUUGUCAGUAGCCAUGGUCUGAAAGCCACUUGACUGGGAUUUCAAACCUGAUUUGGGGAUUUGGACACCAUGGCCGGUGUCAAUCCCGUAGCCUGAUCUGAGCAACUUGUCCCUCAUUCUCGGACCCUCUGUUCCAAGCCAAGGGUGAAGGGAGGGUGGGUGGAGCACUGCAGGUCUGUUUCCACGAAGUCCUGGAGAUGUUCCUACAUAGUAUUGCAAGGCCUGUUGGCACAGCAGAGAGUGGGCACCUGCUUCAGGGAAUGGUUCCAUCUGCUCCAGAGCCCAUGACCAGGCUGCUUUGAGGGUACUCAGAGGACAGUGAAGCAUUUGGAGCUGGUGUGUGGAGGACACAUUGGAUUCCAGGGCACGCAUCUGCCCAUUUCAUGCUGACAUUUGUGUCUAGGAGCCUCCUCCCACCCACCAUCUCCCUGCAGGUGACUCAUUAUGAGAUGUCCUCCCCUACUUGCAGUUUGUCCUUCAGCACUGUGUGAGUUCUCAGCUCAAGUAGUAUAACUCCCUAGGCAGGCCCUCCCCAGCAGAGGGAAAUCUCCCUUCCUGCCUGCCAUUUGGACUCAGAGGGCCUCCUGCCUCCUCAGGUCAGGAUGCACAUUGUGAUGCUGUCUGGGUGCAAAGCUGCUCCUGCUGAAUCAGCGUGAUCUGCCUUGAGACUUGGAAAGGGGGUCUCCCUGCCCCCUCCCCCACCUCCUCUCUCUCAUGUCAGCACAAAGUGCCUCGUUGCUGCCAUCUUCUGAUGUUUCUAUUGCUGCGGUUUGAUGCACUGAGAUACUAAUGAAUGGUGAAAUAAAGCUGCUUUUUGUGAAA